GCAAAUCGUUCCUCGCAAAAAAAGGAAGGGAAAAAAACACGAAGGAAAUCGUUCGCACCGGCGAAGUCUGGACUCGUUCAGCUCGCCGGCCUCGUCCUCCUCCCCAACAGCGGCUGCGGUGACUAGGGGAGUCGCCUCCGCAGCCAGUGGCUCCACCGCUCCCAGCCUGUGGCAGGAUCCCGGCGGAGCGGCUCGCCCUAGGGAGAGAUCCACCGCGUUCAAGUCGGACGGCGAUGGAGGCGGUGGCGGGCGGCAAACGCGCGUACAGCAUCAUCGUGCCCACCUACAACGAGCGCCUCAACGUCGCCCUCAUCGUCUACCUCAUCUUCAAGCACCUUCCGGAUGUCAGCUUUGAGAUCAUUAUUGUGGAUGAUGGUAGCCCAGAUGGAACUCAAGACAUUGUAAAACAAUUGCAGCAAGUAUAUGGUGAAGAUCGUGUUCUACUGCGAGCUAGGCCGAGGAAGCUAGGACUUGGUACCGCGUAUUUACAUGGGUUAAAGCAUGCCUCCGGGGAAUUUGUUGUCAUCAUGGAUGCGGACCUAUCUCACCAUCCAAAGUACUUGCCAAGCUUCAUUAGGAAGCAAAAGGAAACGGGCGCUGACAUUGUAACUGGCACACGUUAUGUUAAGAACGGUGGUGUCCAUGGUUGGAAUCUCAUGCGCAAGCUGACUAGCAGGGGAGCAAAUGUUCUUGCACAGACAUUACUACAGCCUGGAGCUUCCGAUUUGACUGGAUCAUUCAGGUUAUAUAAGCGAGAUGUCCUGGUAGAUUUAAUUUCUUCAUGUGUCAGCAAGGGCUAUGUGUUCCAGAUGGAGAUGAUUGUAAGGGCUACUAGGAAAGGCUAUCACAUUGAAGAGGUUCCAAUAACUUUUGUCGACAGAGUCUUUGGGGUUUCAAAACUUGGUGGGUCUGAGAUAGUUGAAUAUUUGAAAGGCCUCGUCUAUCUGUUGCUCACGACUUAAGGGAAGAGAUACAGCAGGCGUCUAACUUUUCGUGGACAACCCAUGUUAUAGAGAAGUUCACUGAUGUAUUGCUUUCAGCUUGAGUUGUAUGAAAGUACAUUGUUUCAACUUGCGAAUGGGUUAUUGUACACAAGUUUUGGAUUGUCAGUACCUUAUUUAACACAUGUUAUGCAAAUUA